AUGCCCGGGAUAGAAAUUGAUCGAUCUACCUUAUGGAAGAAAGCUAGACAAGACAAACAUGGUAACAUCCCGGAUCCAAAGGUGGCAGAGAAAGCAAAAUUAAUUGAUGAAUUGCAAAAACAAGUCUCUGAAGGCAGUCUUACUGUAUCUGGCAGUAAUGAUGUGUUGACAAUGGCUUUGGGUCCCGAGCAUCCAGGGAGAGUUAGAGGGGUAGGUGCUGGGAUUUCCCUAGGCAAUACUUCAAUUUACCUAGACAAUAGAGGGUAA